GUUCUUCUGAAGGAGAAAGUGGGCAAAAUCUGCUCGAGUGCGUGAAACACAAUUUAAGGAAUGUUUGAAGGAAAGUUUCCCUCCAUCUCAGGAAUGAUGAUACUGUGGCUAAUGACUGGAAUCCUGUGUCUGGGAUUUUCCGUUUCAAUUUUAGCACAUGACCCAGUAGCAACCUUUGAGAUUCCUCCAUGGAAUUUUACGAUGCUGUGCACACUGCACAAGCAAGCAGCUGUCGUGAAUGAGAGAACCUGGCAGCUACAGCCACACAGGAAUUCAAGCAGUCGCCACUCUUCGCUUCACGAGCAUGUGAGAAAUGCAAACACAUCGCAUUCAAAUAACAUCAACCCAAACGGACUGCAUAGCCAAGAUGGAUUCAGUUGUUGCCUCUGGAAAGAAGCUGAUUUACAUUGUCCUGCAAAUUUCAUCACAGAACAAAGUAUCAGAAUGAACAUCAAAUGUUGGACUGCUGGAGACCUUUCGCUGUUUGUCUGUAAUUUAAAGCCAAGUGUGUGGAAAAUCAGCAAGUCUGUAAAAUAUAGAAUACACCACCUGGAUGUGUUAUCUUUUGACCAGGAGGAAGGCAAUUUGUCAAUGUAUAUGAAUGACUGCGUGCAACAUCACAUAAUUAAGUGCACAAUAUCUUCCAUUGAUUUAAUUCGCAAGUAUUUCAUUUGGAUAGAACUGAUCACAAAUUCUGGAACUUUGCGGUCACCUUUGAUGUCUGUCACCCCUAUUAAUGUAGUUCAGACAAAUCCUCCAGUAGAUCUUCAAACUAAAAUGACAUCUGAAGGCUUCUUCAAACUAAGUUGGACAGGUCCCAGUCCUGAACCUUAUCCGGUCCAGUUUGAAGUAAAAUAUUCAACAGGCAUUCCAGAAAGAAUCUGGAAGGUUAAGGAUGUCUGGGAAAAUUCUUUGAUCCUUCGUGAUUUGCAGAGUGACCUUUCUUACUUAGUUGUUGUUCGCUGCAAACGUCGCAAUGGACCAGGGUUUUGGAGUGAUUGGAGUGAACCUAUUCAGGUGGAUGUUCAAGAAAUUACAUAUUACCCUCCUCAAGUGCUGACCACUGUUGGCUCGGAUGUUACAGUGAGGUGUGUUUUUUAUAAUCAGACUCUAACCAUUAACAAUGUCGUCUGGUGGUUAAAUAUGAAUGAAAAAAUUCCAGACCAUCAAUAUACAUUAAUCAAUGAUCAUGAAACCAGUGUUACUCUCCUCAACGUAACAUCAAAUGGACAAUCCCAGUGCAACGUGCUACAGUGUUGCCUUCAAAAUGAAGAAAGGAAUAUAUGUAACUUUCGUUAUGCUGAAAUAAUCGUAAUUGAUAUGAAAAGUAACAUCUCAUGUGAGACUAAUGGUGCAAUGGAAACAAUGAUCUGUAGAUGGCUCCCAAGAACAUUGAAAACAGGCACAGUCAGCAACUACAAGCUAAAGUAUUACAUGAAAGAGUCUUGGUGUGAUAACCUACAAGGUGAAGAUGAAAAUGUUGAUAUUAAAGAGUGCCCUCUGGUGAUUAAUGAAUUUUAUGAGUGUCAUAUAAAGCCCAUCAAUCUCACCUUUGGCCAUGUGAUGUGGUUAGAAUUUAACCAUCAAGAAACAACGUUCAAAUCUCCACCAACCUGUGUAAUUCCUAUGGAUGUAGUGAAACCUUGGGCACCAUUUAAUGUUGAUGCAGAAAUCACCCAAAAUGAAGGGCAUCUAAAUAUAACCUGGGAGAAGCCGCGUCUGCCACCAUACAAGCUUCAGUUUGAAAUCCAGUACACUGAGAAUGAAAUGGAAGGUAACUGGAAGACUUUAUUUGUUGUCAAUAAAACAUCAAUCAUUACUGAAGUAACUGAUCCUUGUGUUACAUAUGUGGUUCGGGUACGUUGUUCGAGAUUUGAAGGACCUGGAUACCGCAGUGAAUGGAGCAGUUUAGUGUACACAAACCUUGCAGAUAUCCAGGUACCAACAACAGGCCCUGAUGUUUGGAGAUUUAUAGACAGGAAUCCUUUGACUAAGGAUACACACGUCACACUAGAAUGGAAGCCUCUGACAAAAGAUGAAGCCUUAUGCAGUGUGAAAGGAUUUAUGUUGAAAUACGAAUCAACAGAAAAUAUUACCUGGCUGGAACAUGCUGGAAAUGUUACAACUUACAGCUUUCUUCUUAAUAGUGAAAUUAGAAGUGUCACAGUGAUUGCUUUCAAUUCCAUUGGUUCUUCUAGAAAAAAUGUUAAACUAAUUUUCCCAAAGGACAAUAGCAAAGUGGAGGUUCUACGAUCUCUUCACGCCUCCAUGAUCAACAACAGCUGUGUGAUUGUUUCUUGGAGCAUGUUUCCUCUGAAUCCCGAACCGACAUCAUUUGUGAUAGAAUGGAAAAGCCUGACAAAUAAUGAUGAGGAGAAGGUGAAGUGGAUGAGAGCUGCUGCAAACAUUACAACUGCAUAUAUUUUUGACCAUUUUUCUCCAUCUCAACAGUACCAACUGACAGUAUAUCCAAUUUUCUCUGAAGGGGAAGGACAGCCAAGCAGUUUUUAUUUGACAAUGAAUGGAGAGGUGGCAAAGACCAACAAUGAUGGAUUGCAGAAUGUUAUCUUACCACUAGUAUUUUUGUCAUCGGUUUUAUUGAUUGGAACUUUCCUAAUAUCUAAGCACAGAAUAAGACAUCGUGUCUGGAAAGAGGUCCCCAAUCCUAACAAAUGCUCUUGGGCUCAAGAAAUUGAUUUUAAAAAGUCUCUCACUAAUGGAAACCUAUUUGGGAAACACCAUCAAGGUGUGAUGCCUGCUGUUCCACUCCUUGUAGAAUCAGAAAUAUUUUCUGUGGCCGUUGUGGAAGAGAUUACAGAAUAUAAAGAAGAAAAAGAUGUAAUUGAUGAGAAUUCUGUCAAUGAAAUCGUUUCAGAGCUACAUCCAGACACACCUAGAAUCCACAUGCUUUAUGAAAGUGAAGAUUCACAUGAUGAAAUGGAAGGUGAUGUGGAAACCACUUAUGCACAGAACACAGACCUGUCGAACUUUGAAUAUUCAAAGAUAAUGAUAAGUGUAGAAGCAGAUACCCUUCGUAAAAAGCGGAAGUGUAUGAGCAGCAAUUCAGAUGAAGGCAUGUAUUCAGAUAAUGAAACUGAUGCUUCAGGUAAUGAGGCUAACAAUCUGUGGGAACUUGAAAACCAGACUUUCCUGCAGCUAACACAAACUGAUGAAACCAAGUCACAUUCUAUUAAUUCAUCAGAGGGCUUUUCCGAACUUCAGGACCAAGAAAACAAAGUCCUACAUAAUGGAAAUGAUGAAGAACUGGAUUUUUGCUACUUAGGGCAGUCAUCAUUUGAGAACAAUAUAAACAAUAACACCACAAGACACAAUCCCGAAGAAUUGCCAUUUCUGAAAAAUUAUUUACCAGUGGAGUUUGAGGAUCCUUCUGAAACAUAUUCAAUAUCUUACCUGGAUUCAUUGCUUAAUGAAGAUCAUUCUUCUCUGAUGAAUCUCAGCUCAUAUAUGCCUCAAUUUCAAACAAAAACACACAACCACUCAAAAAUAACUAAUACAGAUGAUGAAGUAUCAUCUAAUCAUCUUAAUGGUUUUUCAGCAGUUGACUGA